AUGAAAUUUUUUGUGGUUUUUGCGGUGCUUUCGCUGAGUGGUGCGUUUGUCUCUGCCGAGGAGCAACAGAGUGAAAUAACAUCAUGUCUCAAGAAGGAUUCUAUUUCUUGUUUGCAAAUGAUUGCUUUCCGUAAAGCCAGAGAAUUCUUUAACCAGAAGAGUAUUCCUAUUUUUGCGGGAUUAUCUUUGGACAAAAAACCAGUAGAAGGACGUGACGCCAGAUCAUCUGAAAACAUUUUAAGUGAAAAUAAAAUUGAAGCUUCAGAAGAUGUGGAAUCACGAAGCAACGCAAUUCAAUCCUAUGUCGCAAACAACUUGGCAAACUUUGUUAACCAACGCUCCUUGAGUGUAAACCUUGUCGAUGCGGCCAGAAGUUUAAUGGGAUUCGAUAGCACUGCUGAAGAAGUCAUCGAAGUCGAAGAAGAUGUUCCCGGAGAGGAAGGUCGUUCCAAGAAGAAGAAGGUCCUCAAGAAGGUCAAGAAAAGCAUCCUUCCUUUGUUGCUCGCCAUCAAGAUGAAAGUAGCCGUUCUCGCCGUCAUCACCUUCUUCGGAAUUGCUCUGAUCGCCAAGAAAGCUUUGUUGGCUUCCCUCAUCUCAUUGGCCAUUUCCGGUUUCAUCGGGCUCAAGAAGUUGUUGGCUAAGAAAUCUCACCACUAUGUCGCCGAGGAAGUGCCAUACCACGGCGGAUGGUCCUCAGGCGGCGGCUGGGAUUACCACGGUGACUCCCACGGCGCAUACAGUUCGCCAGUAGCCCAACAUUUAGCUUACUCCGGACACAAGGCAUCCAACCGGUAA